GAACACUGGUGUUUGCCAACAGCUGGAAAGUUAUCGAUAAUCGAUAAGCAAACUCGCACAAGCCGUAACUUUUAGCGUCAUUAGUUGUUUCUAUUUUGGCGGCAUUUUUUUGUUAUUCUGAGUUUUACUGCAAGAAAGGUCAAUCAAUAAAUAUCAACUCAGAAUGUCUGACGAUGAGUGUGAUAUUUUUAAUUUACCACCGAAACAGAAUAUUGCUGUGCCACAAAAACUGUUUGUGCCGGAAGGGGAUUUAAGCCAAACCGACUAUAAUUUUAUUACCACAAGCAAAGCCGUCGUCAAGAAACCAGCAAAAGUCUCUAAAACAAAGAAAACAGCACAGAAAAAGACUGACAAGCAACAAAAAACAGGGACGGAUGAAGGGAAGUCAGACAACAUUGGACUUCAGGAGCAGGAUUCGCCAACAACGACAACAUUGUCUACAGCCAAUCCUGCGGUGACCCGUGAGCUAUCACCCGUCUCGAAAUUGAUCCUUGAAAUGGAAGAGAGACAGUCUAACGAAAUCAAUCAGUUGCCUGUGGCUCGUCGCACACGUUCAUCAAUGGGCGAGCGGAAGGAACCAGAUGUUGUUGUAGCUUCAGUAUUGCCGCCAAAGAGACGAAAUGUUCGGGGGCGAAAGAAGACAGGACCAGCUGCAAGUACAAUUGACCCUCAUUGGAGUAUAGCGGAGAGAGCUGCUCGUGCACAGGUUAUCGAUUCCAUUGAUAUGGUCUCCGCUGUUGUGCCACGCAUCGAAGGAUUUGUAAAUCUAGACUCGGAUGAUGACGGUGAUCAAUUGUUGGAUCAGGCAAAAGAACCUACUCCUGCAAAUAAUUUUGAUGAUGAUAAUCAAAUCCUUGAUAUCAAUUUGAAUUGGUUUGGUGAAAUCCAACUUUAUAAAUUGAGACAACAUCAAAAGUUUGCGCACAUGUUCAAAGAAGUUUCCAAGCGCAAUAAUGUGCCCAUAGAUGAUAUUAUUAUAAACAUGGAGGAUAUAUUCAUCAGACCAACGGAGUCGCCGCAAAACGUCGGCCUUAAGGUCUAUCAUAUUUUGAGUGGUCACGCCAUGAAAUCGGCUAAAAAUGUGGUUCAACACAAGGAAGAUGAUAAUAAUAUGGUUAAGCCAAAGAAAUUCCAGCUGAAAGUACAGGGAGAUAAGUGGAAAAAACCAUUGAUAAUUCAGUUGAAAAAAACCGACACAUUUAAAAUACUCUACAUAAAAUGUGCUGAAGAAAUGGAGUGCGCUGUUAGCGAUUUCAAAUUAUUCUUUGAUGGUGAACUUCUGGAGCCCGAUGAUACGCCGAAAAAUCAAGAUAUGGAGGGUAAUGAAAUGAUUGACUUGCGAUCGAAAUGAUCCAAUUGUCCCAACGUUUAUGUAAAUUAAAUCUAAAUCGAUUUGUUUAAGUCGUUAUUAUUUUAUUAAUUUUGAUUGUAUUAUAUAUUAUAUUAAUUAAAUGCUGUCCAACUGCUGUGCAAAAAUUUAGAUUAAGUAAAAACAGAUAAUAUAUCACUCAUGUAAAACUUGUCAAGAUGAUAGCUUAGCCUUAAUAUAUUUUUAUUUUAUUUAUGAAUUAUUUGUUUUGUGAAAUAAAUGCGCUAUUGCGCUAGAGUCAGUAAUGUGGAA